AUGGCCAGUGCAGCUCCCGUCCAGCAAUUGGACGAGUCCAUUGCGGCCAAGAUUGAGCAGCUUGACCGCCACGGAUACCUGUUCGGCCAGAAAAUCACACAUUCCUUGUCACCCCUUUUGCACACCACCAUUUACGAGGGUAUCGGCCUGAACUGGGAGCAAAUGAGACUCGACUCAGCAGACAUGUCGCUGUUUCUCGAACUCAUCAAGCACCCCAAGUUCUACGGCAGCUCAGUGACCAUGCCCAACAAGGUCGCCAUCAUCCCGCACCUCGAUGAGCUGACGGACGAGUGCCGCGAUGUCGGCGCGUGCAACACGCUCUUCAUCAGAGAACGCGACGGCAAGCGGAUAUUCUGCGGCACCAACACGGACGUCAUUGGCGUGCGAGAGUCGUUUGUCCAGAACGUCGCCGACCCCGACACCGUCUACCACAACAAGCCGGCGCUUGUCAUCGGCGGCGGCGGUGCGGCACGCAGCGCAGUCUACGCCUUGCGCAAGUGGAUGAAGGCGACCGACAUCUACCUCGUCAACCGCGACAAGAGCGAGGUCGACGCCGUCAUCACAGAGUGCUCGGCGCGGGGUUACGGAGACAGGAUGUACCACGUCUCCACCGUCGAGGAAGCGCGAGAGCUCGAGGCCCCCGGCGCCAUUGUGGCGUGCGUGCCCAACUUUCCCCCCAAGACGCCCGAAGAGAUUGUGGCGCGUGAGAUCAUCGUCGAGUUCUUGAACAAGGAUCGCAAGGGUGCCAUUCUGGAAAUGUGCUACAACCCCACGCCUUUCACGGAGAUCGCCGCCCUGGCAGAGGAUGCUGGCUGGCAACUCAUCUUGGGCACGGAGGCUAUGAUUUACCAAGGGUUGGAACAGGACCGUUACUGGACAGGCAAAGAGGUUGAUGAGUUGCCCGUGCAACAAGUGAAGGAAGUGAUUGCAGCGAGGCUGUCGCAACACUCAAAAUUAUAA